UGCAAACAGUGUUAGUGUUGACAAAAUUUUAUCAUCUUCGGUAUACCCAAUUUGCAUCAGAAAGAAAAAUAAAGAAAAGAAUCAACAAAUUUUUGCGAUGCCGAAUGACUGGAAUGACUUGUAAUUUUCAUUUGAAAGAUGAUAUUCGUACUCUGAGCUAUUUGGUUUAAUACUGCAGUGUUUCUUACUUCGUUAUCAGCUCUAUUUUGAUAUCGGCGAAUUUUGGAGAAUUUUUAAGCUAUAAAAAUGUUCCUAACACGUUCAGAAUACGACAGAGGUGUCAAUACAUUUUCUCCUGAAGGUAGAUUGUUUCAAAUUGAAUAUGCCAUUGAAGCAAUCAAAUUGGGAUCCACUGCUAUCGGUGUCUGUACUUCUGAAGGCGUCGUCUUAGCAGUUGAGAAACGUAUUACAUCUCCUCUCAUGGAAUCUACUACUAUCGAGAAAAUCGUCGAAGUUGAUAAACACAUAGGAUGCGCGGUCAGUGGAUUGAUGGCGGAUUCGAGAACGAUGAUCGAUAGAGCUCGUGUUGAAUGCCAGAAUCAUUGGUUUACUUACGAUGAACGGAUGACCGUCGAAUCUUGUGCACAAGCUGUGUCUAAUUUAGCUAUUCAAUUCGGUGAUUCCGACGACGAUGGUGCCGCUAUGAGUCGGCCUUUCGGAGUUGCAAUUUUAUUUGCCGGCUGUGAUGAGAAAGGACCACAACUGUACCACAUGGAUCCGUCGGGCACAUGCUUUCAGUAUGAUGCUAAAGCUAUAGGUUCCGGCAGUGAAGGCGCUCAACAAAGUUUACAAGAAGGUUAUAAUAAAUCCAUGAGCUUGAAAGAAGCAAUUACAUUGACUUUGAAUAUUCUCAAACAAGUAAUGGAAGAAAAACUUAGUUCCAACAACGUUGAAGUCGUCACCGUUACUCCCGAUAAAUUAUUCCAUAUGUUUACUAAACCAGAAUUAGAACAAGCUUUGGAAAAUGUGGCUCCGUUUGUAAAAGAUGAUAAUGAAUGAACAAUGUUAUCUUCAAAGGAUGUAUAAACCGCUCAGUUUGUAGAUUUUGUGUUUUGAGGUGGUACUACCGAAUAAAGAAUAUUUAUAAAAUGAAAUCCGAAAUAUUCUAUUUAUAAUUUGGUUAAUUAUACAUUUUUUAAAGUUAUUUCAAGAUUGUGAAAAAAAAUGAAAGUAAUAAAUACUGUAAUUUUAUAUUAUUUCUUCAGUAAAAUAUCCAGAUCAGC